GUGUAACGGUGUCUUUUGAUUCAUCAAAUCCUUUUUCGUAUCUUCAUCUGGCUUUGGGUUAAAAAUGAUACGAAAUCACCGAAUCUUGAAGCUCAUCUCCACUUUCCGACCUCAAAGAUCGGCAAGCAACAAUGCAAGGCGUUACAUCUCCUCCAACCCUCUAUGGAUCAUUCCUGAAUCAUCGCCUUACCAAAUGGUGAACGUGAUUCUGAUUUGGAUCAAGUUUGUGAAAUCCUCAGGAAAGAGUACUCAUCGUUAUGAGCAUCCCCCUGAGGUGUUUAACACCAUGGUUGAUAUGUUAGGAAAGGCAAAGAAGUUUGAUUUGAUGUGGGAUUUAGUUAAGGAAAUGCAGCAGUUUAAGGGGUAUGUUACAUUGGCUACCAUGAGAAAGGUUAUGAGGAGGUUAGUUAAAGCUACGAGGUACAGUGAUGCUAUUGCAGCUUUUAGAGAGAGAGAGAAAUUUGGUGUUAGCCGAGAUGGAGAGGCAAUUGCUGUGUUAAUGGCUGCUUUGGUUAAGGGGAAUGCCUUAGACAGUGUUGAUCAUGCUUAUCAAGUGUUUAUUGAGUUCAAGGAACUUAUACCUCUGACUUCAAUUUGUUUCGAUAUCUUGAUGCUUUUAUUGAUUUCCAUCCUGAGCAAGGCAGAUAAACUUAAUGAUGCACGUAAAAUAUUUGAGGACAUGGAAAGGCAAAAUAUAAAGCCAAAGUUAUGGGCAUAUAAUGCCAUGAUUUCUUCUGCUUGUGCACAUUCGAGAGAAGAGGAGUCAUUGAAAUGGCUUCAGAAAAUGGAAUAGGAUUCAUGUAAGCCAGAACUCGCCAUUGCUUCACUUGUGCUUCAGGAAGAAUAGGAUGAAGGUGCUGAACUCUGUUAAACCACAUGUUUAAGAAUGACCUAAGUAUUGAUCUUGGAAUAUAUGCCCUUCUGGUGAGUGGCUUUUGUAAGAGUUGGAAACCUGAGCUGGCUUGCUCAUACUUAAAGGAAAUGGUGCUUAAGGGAAUGGUCCCCUAUCAGUCAACAUACAAAGUGCUGGUAAAGGACCUUGGUGAAAGGAACAUGGUUGAAACAGAGCAAUGGAUUGAAAAUUUGAUGGUCCAGGCAGAAGAGGGGAAGCAGAGAGUCCUGGGUGUAUAAAGAUAAAUGCUCGUG